AUGGUUAGUGAGACUUUAUCGCCCGAGGAAAUCGUGCAAUGUACUAGAAAAGCUCAAAUUGAUGGUACUUUGGCCGGGAUCGCGUCUGGCUUAGCGAGUACGACUAUCUGCACUCGAGUCAUCAAACUACACCCCAAGAUUUAUUCGCUAAUUGGACUGAGUACCGGAAUCUUAGUAGCUUAUUAUUACUCAACCAACGCUCUCGAAAGAAAUCUCGAAACGAAAGAAUAUCAUAAACGGCUAUUGUUAUCUUCGGAGAUGGAAGAAUUCAAAGAGGAAGAUCCUCUGAGGAGUUGA